CAGACUCCUUAGGAGGAGGAAGGAACAACCAUGGAGCCAGACAACAUACAUCGAGUCUCCCUCUGUAGUAGAGAUGCCCACUGGGACUCAUCUUUCUACCUCACAAGCUUUGGUCAGUUGAAACUGUCAAUAGAUAAACAAGACCGAGUUUUGCUUCUUCACAUCAUAGAAGCCAGAGAUCUCAUGACCAAAGACUCUCGACCUUGUGAUGCUUAUGUGAAGGUGUCUGUGGUACCUGAUAAUGAUCGAAAACGGAGACAGAAAACUCAGACCAUCCCAGACUGUAAAAAUCCAGCUUUCCAUGAACAUUUUUUCUUUCCCAUCCAAGAGGCAGAUGAGCAGAAGAGGCUUCUGGUUGCUGUGUGGAACAGAGAGAGAGACCAUAGACAGAGUCAACUUAUCGGCUGCAUGAGCUUUGGGGUGAAGUCUCUGCUGGACCCUGACAAGGAGAUCAGUGGCUGGUAUUUUCUUCUGGGACGGGACCUGGGCCGCACAAAGCAUCUUAAGGUGGCCACUCGGCGGUUGAAGCAGAGCAGAGAUCUAUUACUGAGAAAGCCUGAGCUAGCACUGAAACAUGUGGACACAGAAAACAUGCAGUUAUUCAAGAUCACCAUCCCAAGGGGAAGGGACGGCUUUGGUUUCACCAUCUGCUGUGACUCUCCAGUUCGAGUUCAAGCAGUAGAUUCUGGCGGCCCCGCAGAGCGGGCAGGGCUGCAGCAGCUAGACACGGUGCUACAGUUGAACGAGCAGCCUGUGGAGCACUGGAAAUGUGUGGAGCUGGCACAUGAGAUCAGGAACUGCCCUGGUGAGAUCAUCUUGCUGGUGUGGCGCAUUAUCCCUCAGAUCAAACCUGGGCCCGAUGGUGGUGUCCUACGCAGGGCCUCCUGCAAGUCAGCCCAUGACCUCCAGUCCCCCCCAAAUAAACGGGAGAAGAACAGCAUCCUGGGUACCAGGCCUGAGCAGCGCCGCAGCUGUCACCUGGUGUGUGACAGCUCUGAUGGGCUACUUGUGGGUGGCUGGGAGCGCUACAGUGAAAUGGGGAAACGGACCCAGCACACUUUGCCCCCGUUGUCCCGGGCUUCAGCUCCCACUGACCCCAACUACAUCAUCUUGGCUCCUUUGAACCCCGGGAGCCAGCUUCUGAGGCCCUUGUAUCAAGAGGACAGCAUCCCAGAGGAUACAGGGAACACUAGCAAAGGGAAAUCCCACACGGGCCUGGGGAAGAAAUCCAGACUGAUGAAGACAGUGCAGACUGUGAAAGGCUAUGGUAACUACCAGAACUGUACCAUCAUGAAGGCCCACAGCCCACACUCAAGCUAUGGCACCUAUGUGACACUGGCUCCCAAAGUCUUGGUGUUUCCCAUUUUUGUGCAGCCCCUAGAUCUCUGUAACACAGCUCGGACUCUGUUGCUGGCUGAAGAACUUAUGCUUUAUGAAGGGAGAAACAAAACCUCCAAGGUGACAUUGUUUGUGUACUCUGACCUGUUGCUCUUCACCAAGGAGGAUGAGCCAGGACGAUGUGAUGUCCUGAGGAACCCACUCUACCUCCAGAGUGUAAAACUGCAGGAAGGUUUGUCAGAAGACUUGAAAUUCUGUGUGCUCUAUUUGGCAGAGAAGGCGGAGUGCUUAUUAACUUUGGAAGCAUACUCACAAGAGCAGAAGAAGAGGGUGUGUUGGUGCCUGUCUGAGAACAUUGCCAAGCAGCAGCAGCCAGCAGCCGCGCCACCAGAGAACAAGAUGCUUGAGACAGACGUGGAUGAAAGAAGAGAGAUGCCUUCUGAGGAGGAGGUACCCCCUUCUAAUGAGGUGGGGGUUAGGGGGGCAUCCGAGGAACCAGGCCCUCCUGAGAGCAACCGUUCCCAAAAGGAGGCAGUUGUAGGGGAGGCCUCAAGCCUGGAAGUGCCCCUGCCUGCCGAGUGGGUGGCCAAUGGGGCAACUGAGGAACCUGGGCCUCCUGCUGGUGACUGUCCUCAAGGGGAAGAGCCCGCAGAGGAGGCUGCAGGCUCUAGGGCCCCUCCCUUAACUGACAAGCAGCUCUUUGUGAUCCCCGAGGUCCGCCUGGACUGCACCUUCAGCCAGAGCUUAGGGGCAGAAGGGAUAGAGCAGGAUGGUGUCCUGCUGGAUGAAGAGGCAGAAGAAGAGGAGGAAGAAGUCGAGGGUGAGGAGGGGUAUGAGGAUGAGGAUGACGAAAGUGAUGACAACUACCUAGACCGGAACGAGGCAAAGCGGUGCAGCAUGAUCGAGACAUCGGGCACCGAAGGGGCCUUCAUGCUGACGGUGCAGAGCUCCCUGCGGCGCCGCACCCACAGCGAGGGCAGCCUCCUGCAAGAGCCCAAGAGCCACUGCUUCACCUCGGACACCACCCUCAACUGCUCCGACGGGGAGGCCAAGAAGAGCGGCUGGGCCCUGGCCUCCCCGAGCACGAUGAAGAAGGAGCUGACCCGCAAUGGGGGCUCCAUGCACCACCUCUCCCUCUUCUUUACAGGACAUAGAAAGCUGAGCGGGGCUGAGGCAAGCUGUGAUGAUGGUGCUGAGGCAUCUCAGAAGAGGAGCAAAAAACUGGCCAAAGAUAUGAAGAACAGAUUGGGGAUUUUCCGGAGAAGAAAUGACUCUCCUGGGGGCAAUGUGGCUGGCAAGGCGGACAAAGGGAUGAAAUCCCUGAAACCCACCUCUGAGGAGGCACUCAAGUGGGGAGAAUCUCUGGAGAAACUGCUGUUGCACAAAUAUGGACUAGCAGUAUUUCGUGCCUUCCUACGAACAGAGUUCAGUGAAGAGAACCUGGAAUUUUGGCUGGCAUGUGAGGACUUCAAGAAAGUCAAGUCUCAAUCCAAGAUGGCAUCCAAGGCAAAGAAGAUUUUUGCAGAAUAUAUUGCCAUCCAGGCGUGUAAAGAGGUGAACCUGGACUCCUACACGAGGGAACACACCAAGGACAACCUGCAGAAUGUCACCAGGGGCUGCUUUGACCUGGCCCAGAAGCGCAUCUAUGGGCUUAUGGAGAAGGACUCCUAUCCUCGUUUCCUCCGCUCAGAGCUCUACUUAGACCUCAUUAACCAGAAGAAGCUGAGCCCUCCAUUGUAGGGUGCUCCCAUCCCUUCCCCCGGGCAGCCCAGGGGACAUGAAUGUUUACAUGAAGCCAGCCCGGCAGGUGGCCUGCCCUCUCCCUCCCCACCCUCCUGAGGAUGGCUGAGAGAAUGGACCACUCUGUCGCCUGUGACUCCUCGAAGCCAUAUCUCUGUUGGACUGGCCCAUGGACAUAUGAGAAGCCGGAGGCCUGGACUACAAGAGUCCCUGGGCACUCGAGAAGCCAGUGGGCUGGUGCCAUGCGUGUCGGCACCCUGCCCCCACCCCCAGUGCUGCUUUCUGGUACGACGAUGCCUGCCCCAGGAUCGGGCCUAUGGGCAUGGCACAUAGGCAGGGCUUUGGUACAGGCUGACAGGUUCUUGUCCAGGCAGCAAGGAGCCAGGGGCAGGUGUGAAGCUGGGGGGACAGGGGACCAACCAGUACAGGAAACUUUACCUCUAACUUAUGAGCUCCACCAAGUGUCCUCCAGCACGGGCCUGCCCCCCCUUCUGGGUCACUUCACAGUGAUCAGGGCCCUGAAAGAACUGGGUAGCAGAAGGCGGGGGUGAGGAAGGUAUUCCCUGGGCCAGGAGGCAGGUGCUCAGGUGACUUAUCCUGUAGGUUUUGGCCUCCAGGUGCCAUCCCUUGGGACCCUGGUGCUCAGCACCCUGACAUCCCCACCCUGGACCCUGGCCUCAGGAUUUUAUUUAUUUCAACACUGUAGCCGAAUGCUUGAUGCAUUGUUCUGUAAUAGGAAAUCCUUGCCUCUUUAUUUUCUUAAUUUACAAGUGCAAUAUUUUAAAUAUGUUUUCGUGGGAAGCUACAAAGCAGAAUGACCGUUCUAUUUUAAGAAGGUGUACACACUUUUAUAAGUUGGGGCGGGAGGGAGGGUUGUUUUUUUGCCCAAGGGACCCUGGCAGCAGGCAGUUGGGGUCCCUGGAUGUAUAUAUUAUUUGUUGAAAAUCUCAAGUUCAAUAAUAUGAACAAAGUGCCGUGCAAGCCUGACCCUCAGCAGAGGGACAGUAUCUCUGACGGGGCCCACCUGGCUCUGGACAGCACAUUUGGUCCCUGAGAGCCGUUGCUGUGGCUCCCAAACCAUCCACACAGCCAGGUGAUGGAAUGAAUAAAAGGCCCAUUUGACUUCUGUUA